AUUGUGGAACGUCUUUGUGGGCAAAAGAUCAAGAUAUUCAAGAGGAGACUUCAAAAGCACUUUGUGGUGUGUGCUUGUCAUUGAAUAUUGCAAACAUGGAUGAGGAGAAGAAUGAAUGGCUGGCUCAGUACUAUUCUCCAAGCAAAUGGAACAACAGAAUGGACCCAGGAGGGGUAGUAGAUUAUCAUGUGAACAUUUGUACUGGCUACAGCAAAACCACUCGUAAAAGCUCUCACUGCGAACUGAGUGUCUGUUAUGGUGAAAAGAAAGCUAAGAUGGAUAUAUUUUACCCUGCUCAAGAAAAUGAUGACACAGCUGAAUGCGUACAUGAAGAGAGUGGCAGCUCUGCAGCAGUGGUGCUCUUUGUUCAUGGCGGGUAUUGGCAAGAAGGGAGCAGGAAGAUUUACAGCUUUGUUAGUGAAUCAUGGACUAAAGAUGGUUGUGUUGCAGCAGUGGUUGGUUAUAACCUUGCACCAGAAGCCAGCUUGGAUCAGAUGGUUGGAGAAAUACAGUCAGCAGUGAAAUAUAUCAAUACCAGGUUUCCAAAAUCCAGGCUAUUCUUAUGCGGCCACUCAGCCGGUGCACAUUUGUGUGCUAUGAUGAUGGUGUCAGACUGGAGCAAAGAUCUGUCAAUUCCACAAGCCAUUCAUGGUAUGUUCUUAUUAUCAGGAGUUUUUGAUUUGGUACCUAUUGUAAGCACUUAUGUCAAUGAUGCAUUAAAACUGACUGAAGAAUCUGCUGCACAAGUCAGUCCUCAACAAAUUCUGACAAAGAUGUCACCAACAUUUGUCUGCCUUAUUCUGGUUGUAAUGGAAGAGCACGGAUCCCCGGAGUUUCUUCGACAAGCUAAAGAAUUUGUUGAAAUCUUAAAAAGUCAUAAAGUUCAGUGUUGUUUGCUUGAGUUACCAGGAGUAGAUCACUUUAGCAUGAUUGAAAACAUGGUGAAUAGUGAUGAUCUCCUCUGCCAGGAGAUUUUAAAAGGUGUCAGAAACAUCACCUCAGCAAAGAGUGAAAAAGGAGUCAAAGUUCCUGACUCAGGUCUUUGAUUUGACUUUGUGAAUGUUUUAUGUGUUUACCCUAAGGUUAAAAGGUUUAGUUCAAAGUCAAUCGGUGGUUUAAAAGUUUUGUUCAGUUUUCAACAUGAAUAUUACCUUGAUUGCUUAGGGUUUUGCUUAUGAUUCUGAGAGCAGGAUCUCUUAGAGGAAAUGUAAAUUUUUUGCUGUUCAGUUUCUUUUUUACACAAGAUACGGUAUGAUAAUUUAGAAAUUGGUAUGAUAAUGUAGAAAAUAUUGUAUGAUAAAAAACUAGUGUAAAUAUUAAAAUUACCUUGAAAACUGGCUUUGUCAGGGAUAUUUUUAAGGUUUUCUUUGUGUUAAUU